UCAGUGUACCUGCACAAUAGUAUUUCUCAGAAUGGCAGGCCGUUUCAAGAUAGACCAUAUUGACCACAUUGUAAUCACAGUCAAAGAUUCUAUCAAAACAUGUGAAUUUUACUCAGAAGUGCUUGGAAUGGAAGUAAACACUUUCAAGGGCAAUAGAAAAGCUUUAAAAUUUGGAAACCAGAAGAUAAACAUUCACGAACAUGGUAAAGAGUUUGAGCCUAAAGCGCAUGCUCCUACCCCUGGCUCUGCAGAUGUUUGUUUCAUCACACAACAAAGUUUAGACCUUGUAAUUGAACACUUGAAGAGUUUCAAUGUGGAUAUUGUAGAAGGACCUGUUGAACGGACGGGUUCCCAGGGACCAAUAAAGUCUGUAUACAUUAGAGACCCGGACAACAACUUGAUUGAACUGUCCAAUUAUUUGUAAACAAUUCUAGGUACAUCGAGAAAAAUGCUACAUUAGAAUAAAACCACAUGCAAAAAUAUGUAUGUUAAUUAAGUGUUAUAAUUGACCAUAAUAUUCCAUAAUUCAACAAAGAAUCAUUAUUGUCAGUUCACGAUAUGUAAAUAUGUAAAACAAUGUAU